AUGUAUCACUACUUGGUGAAUGCGCUCAAAGGAAAACCCGGCAAGGCGGACGGGCUCGUCGCUCGCAGCGAUCCCGCUAUCACGGACUCCGAAGCGGCACGCAGCGCACGUCUCAGAGAGGAAGAGCAAGCUCAGCGGGUGCUGCGCGAGCGCCGACGCGCCUACUCUGAUUUCAUGACCCGCACGCCACUUGGUCAUGUGCUGUCGGAACAGAUGCCGGCAGUGGAGAGCAUGACCACUACACCCGCCACCGCAUUUUCGGUUUGCCAGACGUCUGCGGUUUUAGACACACGAGCCACGGGCACCUCCGUUUCUCUUGCGGCGGGAGGAGAGCGGCCGUCACCGACGGAAACUGGGCUGGCGCACACGAAACUGGAGCUAACCAUGUACGAGGUGCUCGCGCCUUGGCUCUCCCGUCGAACAGCCAUGAUGACACGGCGAGUGCUGGAGCUGGUACCGCACUCGGCGCCUGUAGCGCCUGAAGCCGCGCGUGGCGAGCAGGUAGGCACAAUCUUCACUCUUCCUCCUCCUUUCCCUUGCCAGAGGCCGUUUGUCACCCUGGAAGAGGCCAAGGGAGCCCUGCUGCCAUUUCUGCUAGUGCUGGUGCAGCUCCGUCAUUGGCAAGCGUGCCUGGAAUCGCUGUCCGCGACCCUCUCUUCAGAGGCCGCCGCUCGCAGCGAGAGUACCACCACCACCUCGGCUCGACUUGUAAAGGCCCUGCAGCAGCUCAGCCACGUUCUCGUCGCCAUAACCUGCGCGACAGAGUUGCAGACGGCGGCUAUGCGCAGCCACCUUGACCUUCUCGGUGGUGAAGUGACCGCCUGUGUUGCUACGACGCUGCAAUGUCUCCGCCGCCUCACACGCGCGUGUGGGACGCAGGAGUUCUCGCUUUGGUCAGAGAGGGCUCCCGCGGCAUCCGCGUCGGCGGCGGAGUCGAUGCCGCGAGAAAGCAAGGAUGCAAUCGGAGGCGGUGACAGGCGAGACGGCACGAGCACGCCGCACCCUGUGUCUGCGGAGGUGGUGGAGAUACAAGCCUGUCGCCUCCUCUCUCUUUUCCUCUACUGGUUACACGUGGUACACGACAUCUCGACUCCUUGCCUGGCCAUCGAGGAGCUUUUCCUCGCCUCUUCCACAGCUCGGUUUAACGCAUGCGCUGCGACGGUGGCAACCGCGAAGGGAGCAACCGCGGGUGCUGCAGAGGCGGAGGCGAGGGAGACGCACCGAUGCACCGGCCUAAGCAAUGCGGCCCUCCUCCGUCAUACCGACCCCGUGCCCUCUUGUGUUCCGCUCGCAAUGCUGUUGCUGUCGGGGAGCGACGCGAGCAGUGGCAGUGGGGAAGACAAGUCCCCAGGCGAGGGCUCCUCGCCUCCCCUCGCAUCCUCCAGCGACGUCGCAAGCUCCUUGACUGCUCUUCUUCUGUUCGCGUCAAAGGGUGUCUUCGAACACGCACAACCGAGCAGUGAAGCGCACACGGUGAUCGAGGGGUUGGCAGUUGAGGAGGACUCCGACCUCGGCCUCAUCGUAGUGCUGACCUCCCGCCUACUGCGCUACAUGUUUGUUGCUGGUGCCUCACCACACUUGGUGCAGGUGACACAAGCGGCUGGCCCGCUGCAGAGCGCCCUUAGCCUCCUCCUCGCUCGCUUCAUCGCUGGUGACCGGAACGCGUCGGCUCUACGCGCUGUGGCGGAGAGGACAGAGGCAUCGCAGUCCACGAGCCUUCGAAGCUGCGGCGCGCAACCGCACCUCGACGCGGCCGCGGACUUCAGCUUCCCGAGAAGCAGCUCGCUUGCCUCCACGUCGCAGCCACCGUCACCUGCGCGUAGCUGCUGCAGCAGCAGAGCUCCGGUUCCCUCAGAGCAAUCGGGGCGUCUGACGCGGCAGCUGCGUCUACUUGGGCAGCUUUCGUGCGGCCUCGUGCUGCUGAAGACGCUUUUUCAGCAGAGUGCGACGACCGUUUUGGACAUCAUGGACCACUCCUUCUUCUUCGACGCACUUGUGACGGCGCUACAGGUGGUGGGCUCUCGUUUCACGGAGCCUUCACGGCAGGGAGCGAUGGCGGCGAGGGUCUUAGACGCCGCCGGCCGGCGAGACUCAGAUGCGUGGGCGGAUUGGGUGCGUGGUGUCGAGACCGUCGCGGCGCAAGGGACGGUUGCGGAGGGCAUGUCAGUCCUCCUUAACCACGCGCUCGGGUGCCCGUUGCAGUUUUCCUUGACCGUGCUCUCGAGCGACCCGUAUGUGGAUGAGUUUCUGCAUGCUUACCUUGGUUUGCUGGCUGCAUGCCGUGUUGUACGCUCGACUCCCUUGGCAUUUAUUGCACCGCCGCCGCAAGGCAUGCUACUAGGCAGCAAUGGCGCCAUCACCGCGUCGGCGCGUGAAAGUCGUGCGCUUGACACCCUCGACCAGCUGGAGCUCACCCUCUUAAAGACGUUCUUAACCGCGUACGGCACGCCGACCGAGGACACCGCUCCUGCUGCCGCUGCUGCCUCCGCCGCCAUGGAGUUCUCCAUCACGCUCCCACCGUGUCCAGAGCAGCACCCCGUUGACUCAGAAGCCACUGAUGCGUUCCACCUGAGUGGUGACAUGGACGGCACGGGCUCCUUGACGUUUCCUUUGGCGUCCUGCAUCUACAACCUUCUUCUUAAGCACGUACUGUGGUGCGUUGGCGAGCGAGAACGACGCUGCGGCCAGCCCCUACCGCCGCCCCCACCACCUUUAACGCCACCUCAGGCGCCAGCGCCACCGCAGCAGCACCAUCUCGCGCUUCCGCUGCUUCAGUCGUCCGUGUCGUCGGCCGCACUGCGCCUGUCCCCCGACACCCCCGCCUCCACGGCGACGAACACGCCGCGGCUGGUAGCGCAGGCACCGCCCACGCAUCCACCCGUCUCCCCAACAUUAUCAAUGUCCAUCAUCACGCCCGCAAACCUGCCGCAAAGCGCUGCAACCACGCUUCCGGGCCACAGCAGUCUUGCCGCUAUCACGGGCACCGGCAGCAGCGACGAUGAUCCGCUCGUUCUUUUUUUGGUGCGCCACGGCCUCUUCCGCAUCCUGCUCCACGACGAGCACUUUGCAUCUGCCUUCGCCUUGGCCGAGUCGACGGCGGCCGUCGACUCGGCCGACUCUCCUCUGGGGCGCAGCCGCGAUGAAGAGGCGGCAGACAGGCCCGCUACGACUCGGCAACGCUCCUACCUUGUCCUGUACCUGCUCUCGCACUUCCUGCAGCUGCGCCCGUGUGACGCUGGCUCUAGCGACGGUGAACCGAUUGCACAGCUCGCCGGUGCGCAGGAGGGGGGCGGCGCUUCUGCGGAUCCGAAUGUUUCACGCCGUGGUGCUUGCAGCCGUAGUAGCAGCAACACGGCGCUCUCCGCUGAUGAGCGGCAGCUGGCACAGGAAACGACGGAGGCGUUGAUGACGGUCUUGCGGGUAUCCACGGCGUCGGUUUCAUCUCCCUGCUGCGCGGUUGUGCGCUGUCGGCGUCGCCGCUGGUGCAACUGCCUUCUCGCACUCUUAAGUGCGGCAACAGCGGCGCCCGGCGCGGCUGCCUUUGCUCCCAUCCAUGUGGGAGAGGAGCUCCGCGCGGGCAUCGAGAUCGGCGCACCGAGCGCGGCGGAUGCGAAGACGACACCAGCCGCGGCGGCAGCGGUAUGUGAGGCGCUUGCUCGGGCUGGAGGCGUCGAGUAUCUUCUACGCGCUGCCGCCGUCGCGGCUGAUGCGGGCGCCGCAGGCCAGCCUGCCAACACCGUCUCUUGCGCCUGGGCGAUGCAGGCGGCUCGAAGUCUCGCCAAGGACUCGACGGCUUCUGUUCGCAUGGCAACGAAGUGCGCAGAGUCGCUGCUGCUGCCGCUGCUGUGGCAUCCUUUGCUGCGCUCGGAUGGGCAGCGGCUGCUGGAGGCCCUCUUGUGUCGACCGCUUGUCGGCUCGGGCACGGCCGUGGACAUCAAUGUGAACAUGAGGGAGUUGUCAUUGUCGAUGGUGUCGUCCACCGGGAAAGUCGGCAGCGACAGCGCUGCAACCGAUGUGCACGCAGUGCCGCCGCACUGCCGGAAGCUCUGCGAGGGUGUCUGGCGAACGCUAUGCGACUGCGUGAACGGCUCUGCAGUGGGGGGCAGUGGCGUUGAGAUGCCGGACGCCGUCACAUCUGGGACGCGCGCCGUUUCCGCGACGAACGCCGAUGAAGGGGCGCGGCAGGCUGUUCUGCGUGCUGUGCUCGGAGCAGUGGGGACGGCGUUUCGAACACUGAGUGAACAGCGAUUCUCUGACGCCGGCGAGCAUUCCGGAGAGUUGCUGCCGCUUCGCACGUUGCAGAGGGCCCUGUUCGAGGCGAGCAAAGCCGAUGGGCAGAACAUAUACGAGCUCCUGCUGCAUCAACUCGCCCAGUCGUCGAAAGCGGUGGAUAACCCUGGCACAUCACCACGACCGUCUCCGCUGAACACAGCCGAUGUAGCGGAGGUGGCGUUUUCGCCUCCUUUUCCGGUUCCCUUUCUCAUCGCGGCAUCCGGCGCGCCCAACGCGCCAGACACCUCGCCAGCGGAGGCCAUGGAGGCAUCAACAGACACUGUCGCCGCCUGUCGUGCCGCACGCGAGAUGGUGCGGUUGAUCGUCAUCGCGCUCGUCGGCAUGACAGUAGCCAACCCGUCGCAGCGCGAGGUUCUGUACCGCGCCACCGUCGACGAAGAGGCUCUGGUGAGCUGCAUCGUUAACGCGUGGGGCACGACAGGUGGCAGCCAGGCACUUCCAUUUUCCUGCUCGAUGGGCGAAGGUGACGCGUGUGGAAUUGUGCGGGUGUGCUCGUACCUAAUUUACGAAUCGGUGGACGCCGUGGAUGCUUUCUUCGAUAACGAUGAUGAAAGCGGCUCACAGGACGCAGCGCCGCGGCGCCGCCGCUGCAGCGAUGAUGCGUCAUGGGCGUGGUCUCUGCAGAAUCCGAUGCUGUUGGCUGCCGUGCUGCGCUGCUUCACUCGCCUGGCGUCGUUGACGGUUGAUCAGCAGGUGGCGCUGCGCAAGUUGCUGGUCUCGCUCACCCGCACAGUAGAGAGCUGCUACGUCAGUCUCUACCUGGCUGCCAGCUCAGCCGUGCACGAUGUGCUGGCGCAGCUGCUGCCGGUGGUUGCGCUUCUGCCAGAGCCUGCAGCACUGCGGUUUUCCUCCUCUGUCGAAACGGAGGCCGCGCUUCCCCGGCUCGACGCCGUGCUCGUCCGCCUCCUUGCUGCGCUUGCCCACUGUCACGUCGACGCGCGGCAGCUGAAGCAGCUGCUGCUGUUGGUGAUUCACUCAAGACACCAGCGCGACCGCAGAGCGCUCGUGCCACUGGUUUUGCAGGUGUUGAGCGAGGCUGUCCAGCCGCCCCUCAAUAUGACACUUUUGCACGCGGCCCGCCGCGACCCACAGCACUUCGUCAGCCUCCACCGCGGGCGCGGUCCUGCUGGGUUCUGUGCUGCACUGCCCGACUUCCCUCUUGAGGGCUAUUCGGCAUUCCUGAACGUGCGGUGGGAGAGCGACGUGUCCUCGCAGGAUGUGGCAGGGCAGACUGCUGGUGGAAACACGACGUUGCGCCAGUACGACGCCUGUGCCUGCAUCUUCUGCCUCCGUACCGCCGAUCGCGCAACGCUGCUGGCGUUCAUGGUGGAGCGACGCACGGGGCGCCUCUUCGUGCAGUAUCGUAAUCUGCAGCAGCAGAAGCUUCGCGUGUACCUCGCGGCGUCGCUGCUGCCGCGAAAGUGGACACAUCUAUGCAUAUCUCAUCGAGCGGCGGCUUUCUUGACGGCAACGGCCGGCGGCCAGCUCACGCUGUUUGUGAACGGUGCCGAGGCGGCAGUGAUUCCGCAGGUGGCCUACCCUCUCAUGUCACGCGGGUAUCUCUACGUGGGGUGCCUCGGCCACGAGGUGGACAGACUCAGUGUGGCGCACGCUUUUUACGGGCAGGUGUCCACAGUGUACUUCUUCCCCUACGUGCUGCCUGAGCGCGAACGUGAGGUUUUGCAGACGACAGUGGGUGUGGCGGACACAGCGGCGUGGAUGUUGUCGUCGUCAAACGCCGCGAUUCCGCCGCUGCGCCCCGUCUCAUUCGCACCUGGGCGUCGUCCUGGCUCAUCCGCGUCGGAGAGCGCCGCCGACGUGGACGGCACCGAGCAGUGGCUGGCUGGCCGAGCCGUCGUCUGCGUUGACACGCGGCUGAGUGACCGGGGUCACCUCUACAAUCUAUCUGCCGUGUUGCGUGGCCGCACGGGCCGUGAAAGUCGCUUGCUCACUCUGGAGGGGUCCCUUGUAUGCAGUACGCAGCGCCUAAUAGACUCGAUGGGGGUGCUGGGGGCGCUAACAAGCGUGCUGAUGCCACUCUGCGUCUUGUUAGUGAAUCCAAAUCUCCCCAUCUCCUCUCGCAGCUUGGCUGCGGCCGCGCCGAUUGGCAGCCUUGCCCACAGAAAGCCAGGCCUACCGCCCUUCUCGUCGCUCGGCGCGGCCGCCGUCAGUGCUAGCAGCGCAAGCGACACGAUCAAUGCUACCGUGCUGCGAGUGCUGGACUUGGUGCCGCCGCUGGCUGCUGCAGAGGCGAUUCGCACCGAAAUGGCGGAGGCACGUUUUUUUGUUUUCCUUGGCCAGGUACUGCAGCUACUAGGUCCCGCGUUGCAGGUGGUGGUGCCGGCCGCUUUCGUGCAGCUACUCGAGGCUCUCGCCCCGUUCCCGCGACUCUUCGAAGACGCCUUGACAAACUUGUUUCUCUCUGCCGACGUGAUCCGGGCCUCCCCGCGCGCGGUGCAGCUGACCUGGGUGAAAGUGCAGCGCUUUUUUCUGAGUGCACACCCUGAUGCGUUGCCCUGCCUGCGCACCCUAGGCACAUCCAUGUUUGUCGCGGCGGAGCUGCUGCGCGUAACGGCGGAGGAGGCGAAGGAGGAAGAGUUGACGCAGGAAGACACCCUGGUGCCGGCCCAAACACAGGAUGUUGUGACGCACCCGUUACUCUCGCCCUCCUCGUCCACCUCGCGUCCCAUCUCGGUCGUUGCUAGCGAUGUGUCUGGGGCGCCCUCGUCCGCCACGAUCUCCCCUUUCUCGCCCUCUUCAACGCCACCGCCACCGCCAUCGCUGCCUUCGUGCUCGCUGCAGGACCUGGAGAACCAGUGGAUGGCCUACUUCGAGGCACUUACCGUUGCUCCCGUCACCCUUGGUGAUGCGGAGGCUCUGCAGUACUUUGUCGGGAAUUUGCACUUGACGUGCCCCAAGGCUUCUGUUCAGUUGCGCCUCCUGCGUCGCGUGCGCCAACUUCUCGUGACGAGCAACACACCGUAUCUGGUCCAGCUACUGGGGCGCAGGAACUACGUUGUGAACCUGAUGCCAUACCUCACCUCCGCGUCCUCCGAGGCAGUCCGGCUUGAGGCGCUCCUGCAGCUUCUCUUCAUGGUGUUGCGCUCGAAGCGCACGCAGGAGCUGAUGAACCCCGUGCUGUUGGCGAGCAAGGACACAGUCGUGCACGUCGUCGAGGAGGUGUCGCUGUCGUGGUUAAAGGAUGUGCUGCAGCGGUUUCCCGUGAACCUGCCGGUGUACCUGGCGCUGCGCUGCGGCUUAGUGGAGCGCUUCGACGUGCUGACCCUUCCUACCCAGUACGUGCCCCUGGAUGAGUCGCACACGAUCCGGUUUGCGGCGGUGCUUCUGCCACUGCUGAUGCUGAUGAAGCGCAGUACUGACACAAAGCUCAAGGGACACGUGCUAACCGACAUGGCGGUGCUGCUCAAGAGCGACGCCCAGGCGUGGCGACGCGUAAUUACGGUUCGCGGCUGGUACGUGUCAGUGGUUGGACUUUUCGCGUCCUCGUGCGCGUCGUCGCCCGUGUCUGCGCCCUCCUCGCUUCAGGAAGCCUGCGCAUGCCAGGAGUCGACUGUGCCAGGUGCAGUGAGCUCCCCGACGAUCCCUACAGACUCUACCGUGAGCGAACAAGUGCAGUCAGAGGGGUCCGGGCUCGCCUUUGCUACCAUCUCCAUGAUUCUUUCCUACACCAUUUACCAGGUGCUGUUGCACGAGGCGUACGGGGCGACGGAGCUGGAGCUUGUGGUGGCGUACCUGCGGGAGCAACGCCUGCAUCGCCUCCUGCAUCAGGUUCUGUGUAGGGUUGCUGACCGCUACCGCAGCCGCCUGAUGGCGCCGUGGCGUGGGGAGCGGCGGGACGCCGCAGGCAACCGCGAAGGUCCGGGCGCCCCACGGCCGUCGAACGGCUGUGCGUUCUUAGGACUUGGCAGCGCCACCGCGGUUGUGAACCUGUGUCAUUUCCUUCGCGUGGUUGAGGUUGUUCUCUUCUACGCCGGUUCGGUUCCGAGGCGCAAGGAGGCAAUAACGGUCCCCGUGAAGCCCGCCGUGUCCCCGUUCACGCCAGCCGGGGCUGCGUUGAAUGGGGAAGAAUUCGGCACGCACCUACCUGUUCGUGUCGGGUACACGGAGUGGGAGCAGCUGACGCUGGUGCGGUCAGCAGAUGACCCGCCCGGCGGCGUUGCGGAAAGUGACGUGUAUUAUGCCGGGGAGGUGGACGACCCCCACGGCAACGUGAGGCGCGCUGUUCUCCGUACCCCAGACGACCGAUGGCUGCACCUUCCGCUCGCCGUCAAGUGCGCGGAGCUGUUGUGCAGCCACAGCGCCUUGCUGCAUCUCGGCAGUAACGGCAACACCACUAGCCACUCUGUUGGUGGUGCCGGCUCGGUCGUUGGGUCGGGCAGCGCCGGGAGUGGCGGGCCAGGGGAUCUGCUGUGGUCGGUGGUGCUUGGCGCGUCCGCCGGCACGGGUGUCAGCAAGAGUCCCACUAGCCCCAAGGCCGGUGGGGUAGGUGGGGUCGGGUUCCGCGCGGGUGGCGGGGGCGUCGCUCCAGUGGUACUCAGAGGCGGUAUGCUUCGCCUGUUUGGCAGACUCUUCAAAGUGCUUUGCCAAAUGACACUGCGCUCCGGCACGGCCCUGAGCAGCGUGGUGGAGCUCACGGACGUGUUUGUGCGCCGCUUAGAUCGGGGACAGCGCGGCAGCGGCUUUCUGUUGCUCAAGCGUGCUGUGAACGCCGAGGACGCGCGCGAGCAUUCCCCAAUCGCGAUUACGAUGACGCUCAUUUACUGCGUGCACAACCUGCUCCUGCGGCGCCUCCACGCUGCCGAGUACGGCAACACUUCAACGCACUUCAACGCCAACGCCGCCCUUGUGGAUCGCCUCAAAUCGCUCGUGGUGAUGUUUCGGUACUCCUUCGAGCAGCUGUCGGCGUUCGCGUCCUCUCCCAGAAGCAGAAGCGGCGCUCACUCAUCGGUCUUUCGCCAGUCCUCUCUUCUCGCGACGGCGGCGGCUUGGCUCACAGGUGGGGACCGCGAGGAUUCUGCCGGGGACCGCAGCAGCGGCCCCAACAGCACCGCAAGCUGUGCGCGGUCCAACUUGGCUUACCUCGAUGACCUCACAGGCGAAACGCUCACAGCUGGCGUGCCUACACUGCAGUGGCUGUGCGACCACCGAGCCAACCCACGCCGCACCGUCGAGGCUUUCGCGGAGGUGGCGUCGCGUGUGGACUACAACGCCUUUGUGGAGCGGUGCCUCCUCGCCGUCGAGCGGGAGCAGUCGACCGACAAGGCGCUAGCCGCCAAGCUCUGGUCAGAGCAGCGGGCUUCUCUCCGUCGGUUGCAGGAGCUCUUUGCGGAGAACAGCAUGUCUCGUAGGCUUGUCCAUGACAAAAUCCAAGCACUCAUGGCCGCCUUCAACUCCCCCCCAAAGACGGGCGCCGCUGGCGAGACGGAUAGCGACUCUGGUGCCGCGGACCUUGAAGGGCAUAGCAGCACGCGCGCCGAUGGCUUCGCUCCUGCAUCCUUCACGAGUCUCUUCUUGCCGCGUGCCGCGCGGCGGGCCACCGCCGCGGCGCGGGCCAACGCGUGGACGCGCUUUACUUUUGCGCUACGCGACACCGUCUGGUGUGCUGACGCGGCCGGUCUGCACAAUACCCUCAAGUACGUGAAGCUGUCCUCACAGGAGCAGCAGUUUCUGGUGCAUCGCAAGCUGGUCUACGACCGCGACGGCACAAACUACUGUGGGAGGGCGAUGGCCUCCUACUCAGCUCCGAGGUCGCCAGUUUGCGACGACUUGUCGUCUGUCAACGUGACCAGCUUCAGAGCCGUGCCCGCACUCCUGGGAGACGAGGGAGAGAGCGGUGGGGGUCUGGCUUUCGGCGGCAGCGUGAGCGCCAGCACGAGCCGCGCCUCGUACCUCCGUCUCCGCGGAGGCGAAAGCGUGCUGUUGCAAGCGAUUGAUGACGACGACGUCGGGCUCGAGGAGGACAUGAUGAACUUUAGCCUCGACGGCAGGGGGGACGUGUCCACCGCAGCGGCGGCCUCGUUCAGCGAGUGUCCACUCCUGUGGGAGGAGGCUGCGCCGGUGUCGAAGGGCGCCGGCCUAGCACCAACUUCUAAGGUCGACAACUUCUCUGCUGCCCCGUCGCUCCUCUCGGUUCCGUGCGAGGUGCCGUACAUGAUGCACUGCUGGAGCGGCAGCUUCACCGUGCGCGGGUCGGAGGUGAUUGUGCUCAUCGACGACGACAACAAGGCGUACAACCAAGUGGUCGCUGAGGAGGCGAGGGCGUACGUGCUGCGCCCGCGCCCCUUCAGUUUUCAUCUCAGCCACAUCACGCAAAUCGCUCCGGCCCGCCGCUUCCGCAUGCGCCGUACCGCGCUCGAGAUUUGGACACGUGACCGGCGCAGCUGCUUUGUCAAUUUUUCCGACACCGCCACUAUGAACGCGGCGCUGCAGGCGGUGCGAUGUGGCGAGCGAAGCAGCUACAUGCUUACGGCGCCGUCGUUUCUGCGCGACGCGUCCGGCGCGGCCACCGCGGCGCUGCCAACCCUGCUCCACGAGGGCACCGGCGGCGUCCGCUGGCACAGUGCAUACGUGCUCCAGGAGAACCCGCGCCGAGAGCCGCUGCGCUUGCGGGCCACAGCGCUGUGGCGCAACCGCCUGCUGUCGAACUUCGACUACCUCCUCGUGCUGAACCUGUUGGCGGGGCGCACGUUGAACGACAUGACGCAGUAUCCCGUGUUUCCAUGGGUUCUCUCCGACUACACGAGUGAGACGCUUGACCUGACCAACCCGGAGACGUUCCGCGACUUGUCCAUGCCAAUGGGCGCCUGCGGCAACCGCGAACGCCGUGAGCUGGUUCGGCAGCGCUACAUGGAAAUGCGCAGCCUCGGCGACGUCCCGUCUCACUACUUCACGCACUACAGCUCCCCCGCCAUCACGCUCUACUUCCUCGUCCGGCUGCCGCCCUUCACGACACUCGCGAUUCUCCUGCAGGGCGGUCAUUUCGACCACGCGGACCGCAUGUUUCACUCCAUGCAGGCCACCUUUAGGGCCGUCAUGACGAGCACCCAGGAUGUGCGGGAGCUGAUUCCAGAGCUCUACUACUUGCCGGAGUUGUGCAUCAAUGAGAACCACAUCGACUUUGGGCGGCGGCAGGACCGCACCCCGAUGGACGACCUGGAGCUUCCGCCGUGGGCGCACAACGACCCGUUCACGUUUGUCUACCGUAUGCGCGAGGCGCUCGAGAGCGCGCACGUGUCGGCCCACCUGCACGAGUGGAUCGAUCUCAUAUUUGGGUACAAGCAGCGCGGCAAGGACGCAAUCGACGCGCUGAACGUGUUCAACUGGCACUCCUACGAGGAGCUUGACCGCAACCGGGAGGCCGGCUCCGUUGAUCAGCUGCUCCUCGUCGACUCACUUGAUAACAUUGGCCAAACUCCCAUUCAGCUCUUCCGUCGCCCUCACCAGCCGCGACUGCCGUUGGAGUGGGCCGAUCCGCUGCAGCUCCCGAUCCGAGUGAAGGUCAUGACACUGCGCUGGGGCUGCGCACGAGUGGCGCGGACGACAGUGGUGUCGACGGACAGAGUGCUGGUGGUGGCCGGAAGUGGUGCCGCUGCCUCGCUGCGCAUGCACCUGACCCCGAUUCGCCAAUCGUCGGUUCUGCAGAGGGCGGCAGCGACUCCUCCUGCGGCGUCACCGCCUCACGCUGCCGCAUCGACCGCCGCGGCGUCGCAGUUGCGCUGUGCGCCCGUCGGGGACGGCGUCGCCGCCUCCGCCCCAUCGCAGAACGAGAUGACUGCUACGCACGCGUCUAGUCAUGUGAACGCCACCGCGGCUGCAGUGCCAGGCCACCCGGCGACCCCGGUGGCGGUGACGCCCGUCACGAAUCAUCCCGCGCCACCCGCCAUGGAUAGCGGCAGCUUCGACGUCCGUGAUGAGUACGAGCGGAGCCUCGCGCCCAUUCCAGCCGGUGUCAUUCCGAACGACUCGGCAUACGCGGACGGCUCCUGCACGGAGGCGAGCACUGCCUUGCUGUGCUACGACAGCGAAGUGUUCCUGGUGCUUGGCGGCCUCUUUGACAACUCUGUCGUGGUUCGCGCUCUCUCGGGUGCGGGUCGCGACGUGCGACUGCGUGCGCACCGCGGGCGAGUCGUCUUUGUCGCACGCAGCGAGGACAGCCGCUAUCUCGUGACAGGUGCCGAGGACACCACCUUCGCUGUGUGGUCCUGCCACCUUCAACCGGCGCGGCAGCGGUUGGAGAUGACGAUGCUCUUCACGAUCUACGGCCACGAGGGCAUGCCGUCCGCGGUGGACGUGAGUAGCACGCUGGACGUCGUCGCCACUGCCUCUCUCAACGGCACCCUAAUGCUGCACUCACUGAGCACCGGCGGGCUGGACCGCGUCAUUCGACACCCGCACGGUGCCCCCAUCCACCGCGUGCUGCUGCAAACGACGUGCUACGUGCCAAACAUCCUCUUCCUCUCGCACCAAGAUGAGAAAGUUUACCAGUGCAGUCUGAACGGCGCUGCGCUGCGCACUUUUUCGCCACCCGGCCGAGUGGUGACGUGGGCCACGACAGCGAGCCAGUGUCUUCUGCUUGCGUGUCAGCCCCUUGCUAGCGUGCACGGCGGCGGUCCGCAAGAUGGCGAUCAGACAUCAUGCAUUUUGUACCUGCACUCCUUUUUCUUGGAGGUGCUGAAGACGGUACCGGUGCGAGCCGAGGACGUCGUGUCCAGCGUCUCGGCACACCCAUCCAACCCGCAGGUGGUGGUGGCGGGGACGGAGUCCGGGCGACUGCUGCUGCUGCGCUCCGUCCUGGUGUAG